AUGCCUCCAAAAACAUCAGCGAAAGCUGGGAAAGGUGGAAAAGGUGAUGCGAAAACUGUGGCGAAAGCACCUAAAAAGAAGGAAGGUGGAGGAGGCGGUAAAGCUAAGAAAAAGAAGUGGUCCAAAGGAAAGGUUCGGGAUAAGUUGAACAAUAUGGUCCUCUUUGACAAAGCAACUUAUGAAAAGCUAUAUAAAGAAGUUAUUACAUACAAGCUUAUCACACCAUCGGUAGUUUCGGAAAGAUUAAAGGUUCGAGCUUCUUUAGCUAAGCAAGGACUUCGAGAGCUUCUUGCAAAAGGAAUGAUCAAGUGUGUGGUACAUCAUGGCGGUCAGCUUGUCUACACAAGAUGCACGAAGGCAGAUGAUACUAUUGUUGAAUAA